GGGAGCUAAUUCAUUUAUAUGUCACGUGACUUUCCUUCGGCCAUCUUGUGGAGCAGACAAGUGCACCGGCAGCAAUGUUGUCAACGAGGGCUGCUAGAAGCCUUGCUAGCUGUCUGAAAGGACAGGGACGAUAUUAUAGUGCAGUACAACCUGCUGAAUCAGUUAUACCACAAUUUGAAGUACCCCAAUUGGCAAAGGAACCACCAAAGGUGACAACAAGGGAUGAUGGUUUAACUAUUGCUGCAAUUGAGAAUGCUUCUCCCAUAUCAAGAGUUGGGAUGGCCGUGCAGGCAGGUGCACGGUUUGAAAAUGCAGGCUAUAAUGGCAUCACGCAUUUCCUAAGAAAUGCCCUUGCUGUGACAACUGCCUCGGCACACAGUGUAUCUAUUGUCAGAGAGCUCCAGAAAUAUGGCUGCAACUUUAGUUGUACUUCAAAUAGAGAAUACUUAUUUUAUCAAGUUGAAGGCACAAGAGACAACAUAGAAGUGGGCAUCGACAUCAUGACAUCUGUUUUAACCGAGCCACUAUACUACAAACAUGAGAUUGCAAAAGUUGCAGAACUUGUGGAAUUAGAUAAUCGAAGCUUACAACCUGAAGCUUUACUAAUGGAAGACUUGCAUGCAACAGCAUUCAAGGGUGGUAUGGCAAACUCCAUCUUUUGUCCUUCAUACCAGGUUAAAGAGAUCACGUCAGAUAUGAUGCAUGCAUACAGACUGUCACUCUUCAGGGAAGCAAGGAUGGCAUUUGUAGGUGUUGGAGUGAAGUCAGAUUUCAUGACAGAAAAAGCAAAGGAGUUUCCUGCUAGUCUAGAUUUAGUUGGUGUGGCACAAGAAAUACCCACAAAAUAUGUUGGCGGUGAAAACAGAGAGCCAACAGGUGGAAAUCUGGCAUAUGCUUAUCUUGUGACAGAAGGACCAAGUAGCAUGAACAGCAAAGAUGCAGCAUCUGCAGCAGUGCUACAGUUUGUAAUGGGUGCAGGUCCCUCAGUCAAAUACAGCCCUGGAAUUGUCAGUCGACUGGGCAAAGCUGUGUAUUCUGCAUUAGGAAGUGAAGACUUUGCAGUGUCUGCUAUAAAUCUACCCUACUCUGACACUGGUUUAUUUGGAUUCUCUGUAACUGGAAAUGCCCAAGAUAUGGGGACUAUUAUGAAGGCAGCAGCUGGAGAAUUUGCUGCUGUGACAAAGAAUGAUGCCAUAUCUGACCAGGCAGUUACCAUUGCCAAGAAUCAACUCAAAUCAGCCAUUAUGAUUAACUGUGAUGACUCGUCCAGUGUAUUUAACAACAUGGCAGUAGAAUGCCUCGUGACAAAAAAAGUAUCUGAUGCGGCCGCAUUAUUGCAGAUUGUGGACAGUGUAUCGACAGCAGAUGUUGCUAAUGCUGCAAAGAAGAUUAUCAAUGGGAAGCCAACCCUGGUCAGCAGAGGAAACCUCACCUGGAUGCCGCGUUUGGUAGAUCUGAUGUAGAGUCAUAGGAUGUAUUCUCCAAAUUCCUUGGCGUGCAUUGUUUUAGUUCAAUGAGAACAAAGACCUAUUGUUGGGACAAGGUUAUGUUGCAGAAAACAAUUCAUGUAACAUAUCCAUAAACGAAGUGCAUUGAAAAUAGUGUUUGAAUGGACAUUUAUAAAAAUUGUUGUCAAAAAAAAAAUUGAAAAAAAUCUUAAUAAAGGAUGUAUUUAUUACAUGUCA